AUGGCGGAGACUAAGCGGCAGGGUUCAGUCAAGGGCUCUGCGCAGAACAAACCUCACAUCGCCGGCCCCGGAAUGGCGACACCCUUGGUCCCCGUGGAGGCGGCUUUGAGCGGGGCGAUCGGUGCCCGCGUGCGUAUCACCACUGCGCAACCCACUGGCUCCGUCCUCGAAGGCACCCUCUUCACAGCAUGCCCGAUUACCAAUCUCGUUGCCAUCAACACGGCCCCCGCGCCCACCUCCGCAGACCCCAAGCAAGCGCAGAAUGGCGAUUAUUAUGUCAUUCCAGUCUCGCGCAUCCAGAACCUUCAGAUCCUCGCGCUUGCACCGCCCAGCAACACCACCUCGUCCACGUUCACCGAUGCCCAGCCUACAAUCCAAGCUCUCGAUACGCGUGCGCUCAAGGCCCGUGAAGCUAAGGCUAUUGGUGAAGCGCUUGAUCGCGAAGCGCGUCGUGGGAAGGGCGUUACGCCUCUGGCUCAGGACCUCUUUGAUGCUUUCAGCCGUACCAUGCCCGCGCGGUGGAAUGGGCAUAACAUUAUCGUCGCCGAUGCUGUGACAAUUGCUCCGCCCUAUCGCGUUGAUGAUUGCCGUUCUAUCGUGGAGGGUGAUACAGCUGCUCUUACUCGAGUGCGCAAAGUGCUUGAGAUGGAGCGCAAGAAGAUUGAGUUCCGCAAUGCUAGUGCCACAAUUGGCUCUACCAGCACCUUCCGCCGCCCUAGCGUUGACCAACGCAAAGGUGGAUAA